AUGCUCGCUGCGAAAUCUAUUUUCGUCGUUGUGCUGUUCGCUCUGUUCAAUGUCGUCUUUGCCAUCCCUCCAGGAUGUCUUAUCAGCGCCAUCAACACCCAAAAGGACCCAGCUGACCUUAAGACGGUCUGCGCCAACAAGAACGUCCAAAUGGAGAUCCUUCGUCUCUGUCCCGACAACCAGGUCAAGGAAGCCCUAAACUCCUUUUCCACCUCCUGCGCCGAGGCUGGCCAUAAAGUUUCUCUCAUCGACACCAGCUCCAAGCCAACCGGAUCUCAGUCUACCUCCGCUCCAACGGGAAUUACUAGUAGUGGAAGCGGCAGCGGAAGCCUCGACGGCAAGGGCAGCAGCACCACCUCGGGUGGCUCUGGUGCCGCCCCAACCGGUUCUGGUGCUGGAUAUGUACGCAAGGCUGACUCUAUAGCUGUCACAGCUAUCGUCGCGUUUGUGGGAUUUGUCUCUGCAUUGUAA